AUUGAGUUUUGCGCGCGGGAGCACACAAGGAAGAGGUUUGCAGAACUACGUGUGGCUGUUGUCGCUACUCCACAGUGUAUUUGUCAUUUCAGGUUUGAUUUUAUUAACGUAAUUACAAGGUGACAACAUGUGGAAUCAGGGAGGUUACAGUGAGUCGAGUACGGUCGGAGGUUAUACUCAGUCUCCAGGAGGCUUUGCAUCACCUUCCCUAUCCCAGGGUGGAGACAAGAAAGGGAGAACCCGUGCCACACAGAUAAUCCCCUGCACAGUGUCUCAGCUGAUGUCUGCUUCUCAGACUGAUGAGGCCUUCAAAGUAGGAGAUGUGGAAGUUGCCCAGGUUACCAUUGUGGGUGUCAUCAGGAGCACAGACAAAUCCAUGACCAACAUCCAGUACAAGGUCGAUGACAUGACAGGUGCACCCAUGGAUGUGAAGCAGUGGGUAGACACAGAGGACCCCAGUGUGGACAGCACUGUCCUGCCUCCAGGCACGUAUGUCAAAGUCUCUGGCAAUCUGCGUUCCUUCCAGAAUCACAGAUCUGUUGUGGCAUUUGGUGUCAGGCCCCUGGAGGACAUGAAUGAAAUUACCUCACAUAUGCUGGAGGUUGUCCAAGCACACAUGAUGCUCAGCAAACCACAGUCAAGUCUCGGAGGAGGAAUGAGCAGUAAUGACGCACCCAUGUCACGGCCGAGUGUGGAAAGCACGGGAGGGAUGGGAGGGGGCUAUGCAGGUGCUAACGACAUGACUAACAAUGGGUUAAGCGCAAACCAGAAUCAGGUGCUAAGUUUGAUAAGAAGUUGCCCAGACCAGCAGGGCAUCAGCAUUCAGGACCUGAAGCAGAGACUUAGUGGCAUAAGUCUGGCAGUCAUCAAGCAAGCAGUGGAAUUCCUAAGCAAUGAAGGUCACAUCUUUUCCACCAUCGACGAAGACCACUACAAGUCAACAGACAAUGAUGAUUAGAAACCUUAAGCUUCUUAACACCAGUGGGGUUUCCUAUUUUGAACUGAACCUAGUAUAAGAUUUGUAACUGAAAACCAAUUGAAUAAAAUCCUCUGAGUCCUUCUUUGUUAAGGUACUGUGGUUGAUGUUAGUUGAAGAACACAUGGUUUAUGCAUCCUGUAUUCCUGGGGUUACUUCUGCUAUUCUGCAAGUCCCAAAGGUGUUGCUUUUGAAGAAGCAGUCAAUACUAUUAUUCUGUACUUCUGUGAUCUCUACUGUAAAGCAUUUUGUAAUUUUAAACCCUUCGAACAUGAGUACUCUUAUUUACUUAUUUUUUGUAUGUAACUUACUUUUGCCAAAAUUAAAAGAUUAUACAAAAUA